UUGAGGAGCUCUGACAGAGCCACUGCCAGCUUAUUACCAAAAAAAAAAAGAACCUGACAGGUGGAAAAAAAAAAGCAAGGAAAUAAGCUCAAGAAGAAGACCCACAAGAAACUGCUGUAGGGGAGAUUUUAAAGGAAAACUAUUUAGAAAGGUAAAAGUCUGUAAGAGUGUUGGCAUUUGUAGUGUCAGUUUUACAGCAGUUGUAGGAAGUGAGUAAACUGAGAGAGUUUUUGGGACAUUUUCUUCAAUCGUUUUGGCCAAAAAAUCAAAAGCCAGCAUGUCCCUGGAGGUGAAGGAGAAGACCCAGGUGCGUUUAGUGUUUCUGGGGGCAGCAGGAGUGGGCAAAACGGCCCUGAUCCGACGUUUCCUCCAAGACACAUUUGAGCCCAAACACCGACGCACAGUUGAGGAGCUGCACAGUAAGGAGUAUGACAUCGGCGGGGUCAAGGUCACAGUGGAGAUCCUGGACACCAGUGGCAGCUACUCCUUCCCUGCCAUGCGCAAGCUCUCCAUCCAAAACAGCGACGCCUUCGCACUGGUGUACGCUGUGGAUGACCCUGAAUCACUGGAGGCUGUCAAGAGCCUUCGAGAUGAGAUCCUGGAGAUCAAGGAGGACAAGUACACGCCCAUUGUGGUGGUGGGGAACAAGGUGGACCGGGAGGAGGAACGUCAGGUGUCCAGUGACGACGUGCUGUCAACUGUAGAGCUGGACUGGAACAACAGUUACCUGGAAGCUUCGGCAAAGGAGAACGCCAACGUGGUGGAGGUGUUCAAGGAGCUCCUGCAGCAGGCGAACCUUCCAAGCCGCCUCAGCCCUGCGCUGCGCAGACGCAGGGAGACCUUUCCGAAAGACACCAACUUCCGGCCACCCAUGAACAAGACCAACAGUUGUAUUCUGUCGUAAUGAGAGACAGACAGAGGAGGAGAGAUGUUUUGUUUUAAAUGAAGGGACAAGAGAUGAGAGGCUGGAGGGUAUAUUGUGAAACUCAGUGCUGCUGGACAGAGUCUGGACUUCAGUCUGCGUUGGUGUAAAGUGAAGAGCUGCCUGAUUGUGAUGAGUGAUCUGGACCGACGAAGACACUUUGGGGUUCAGAACUGAGAAAGAAAAGAAAAAAAAAACUGAAGAGCAGAAUGGUGUUAUCGCUGGACU